CCGAGCGCGCGUGGCACGCGCUCACUCGAGUUGGCCGUCCUCUCGCCGACUCACGCCGCUUCGCCAGGACCCAUCUCGUGCACCUGGGCGACUCGCUAUCGGCUACUCGAGUGUGACUGCGGUGACUGCGGUGACUACUCGCCGUCACCGUUCUUGUCAGAUUCUGACGAACCAGCUGCGAGGCGAUCGCUCGCGAGCCGCGACUACUUCCCGGCCAACAGAGUUCUUGACCGUUUGUGGAAGAGUUUGUCGGACGAGAUUCGACGAAGCGGUCACCUGGACGGACUCCCCGACCGAGAGGAUCAUCAACGUGGAGUGUCGGCGGCGGUUUUGACGCUUCGACGGGUGGUGCCGUGUACUCGUAGGCGCCGGUGCGUGGUGUGUGGGUGCUCGCAGCGUGCGCGGGGUGCAGCCUGGCGCCCGUGGCCGGGGGCUACCGAGGCGGCUCGGCGCUGGAGGGCAACUCGUUCGCGGGCCUGGGCUCGGACUGGUCGGCGGGAAACCCUGCGGCCGCCGCCGCGGCGGCGGCCGCGGCGGGACGCUGCUGGAUGCAGGGCACCCAUUCGGCGACUCCCAGCAUGGCCUCGGCGCUCUCGUCCAUCAGGCCGCUCUUCACGGGCUAUCCAUUCCAAGGCCAGGGCCGAGUGAACCAGCUCGGCGGCGUGUUCAUCAACGGCCGCCCGCUGCCCAACCACAUUAGGCUCAAGAUCGUCGAGAUGGCCGCGGCCGGAAUCCGGCCCUGCGUCAUCUCCAGGCAACUGCGGGUGUCGCACGGCUGCGUCUCCAAAAUACUCAACCGAUACCAGGAGACUGGCAGCAUCCGGCCCGGCGUCAUCGGGGGCAGCAAGCCCCGGGUGGCGACCCCUGAGGUGGAGAAGCGCAUCGAGGAGUACAAGCGCGAGAACCCGGGUAUCUUCAGCUGGGAGAUCCGAGACCGCCUCAUCAAGGAGGGCAUCUGCGAGAGGGCCAGCGCCCCUUCCGUGUCCUCCAUCAGCAGGCUCCUGAGGGGACCGCGCGACGACGACGACGACCCCAAGGCGCUGCACAAGCACUCCAUCGACGGCAUCCUAGCGGGGCCCAAGCACCCGGACCUGCCCGGCUCCCGCGUUCCGUCUUCGCUGGGCGGCGGCGGUGACUGCAGCCUGGACUCGUUCUCGGACGGCGACUGCGGCGACGACGGCGGGGCCUCGUCGGCCGAACCGGGGCUGACGCUGAAGCGCAAGCAGCGGCGCUCGCGCACCACCUUCACGGCGGCCCAGCUGGACGAGCUGGAGAAGGCUUUCGAGCGGACCCAGUACCCGGACAUCUACACGCGCGAGGAGCUCGCCCAACGGACCAGGCUCACCGAGGCAAGGGUCCAGGUGUGGUUCAGCAACCGUCGCGCCCGCUGGCGGAAGCAGAUGGGCAGUCAGCAGCUGAACGGCUUCUCGGCGCUCAGCCUGCCCGUGUACCCAGCCUCGAGCAACCCGUACCUCCUGCAGCCGGGGGAGCCCGGACAGGGCGCCUCGUACGCGCCGCCCCCGCACCAAGCGCAGGAAGGCAGCGUGCAACAGAUGGGGCCCGGAGGGAGCGUGGCAGAGUCUCGGUCCGCCUACGCCGACCCUUCGUACGGAGCACCGCCACAGCCCCUCAAGUCUCAGAUGCUGAACAUGCUGGGCAGCCCAGACUACGGCGCCGGCCCAGGAGGCGGCGGCGUGGUCCAGGCGGCCAUGCAGCCGGCGCCCGUCGACGACUGGCGGGUGUGCGCCCCGUCCACCCAGGGCUGGGCCACGGGUCCGCCGGGACCCAACGCCAUGCACUCGGGCCCCGCCGUCGCCGGCGACGCCUUCGCCACCGACGCCUUCGUGUCGCCUCCCUUCUCCGCGUCGGGCCUGGACCUCAAGACGUCCUUCUACUACCCGGGCCUGCGAGGGCUGUCGCUCUGACAGCGGGGCCCGGGCUCCGGGCCGUGGGACUCCUGCGCUCUGGGAGGACUCUCACCCGGUGCUAUGGUAACCGGCGGCGGUGGCGAUCACGACCGCGAACCUCCGAGAGAUGUGAGCUCGCCGCUUUACGAGCACGCCGGCGACAAUCAGUGCGCUGGAGCACCGCACGGGUCGGCCCAUGUCACGGGCUUUCACUUCGUCUGAGGCAUUAGAGUAUUGGCAGUACACACUCCUGGGCGGACCGUUAGUGCUGUCUCGGUAGGGCAACAUCUCCGACAUAACGAGUCUGUAGUGCUGUAGUGUCUACGCCACCUAGAGGAGGUCAACGCGGUGCUGUGAUUGGACACUGAUUGGACACUGUUGAUAACAUCGAUGUCAAGAGAUGAAUCAAAUGCAAAACUAAAUGUUCAGCCUAUCGUCGCCGUUCAGCCUAUCCUGGUUCAAGUACGACCUCCCACACGAAAUCAUGCAGCACAAAAACCUUUAAUCGUUAACAGGCCUAGACAUUGACGUAUAGCCCGUGCAUUCGCCCCAUAUAAAACGCCAACAUAUUAUCUCUUGUCCAAAAUUUCAGCGUACGUUUCAACACCAAUGCAGCGAGGCAGUAGAUGCUUGAUAUCUCUGCGAAGUCUUAUAUUCCCUAUAAGGUGUUUAUACCUCACUUCUUCCCUAGGUUAGCGGCGCAGGGCAAUCGCUACGCGCCCUGACGGGACAAAUCAGCUUCCGACCUAACAUCGCGGGACCACAUCCGCCGUGCUUAUGCACGGCGGAUGUGGUCGGAUGUUGCUGCCACGGGGUGCAAGGCCGACAGCUGAUCGGUCCCGUUUUACGCUGCUGUCGACUUAGGGUUGAACCGAGUGCGUAGUAGGCGGGUCGGCUGAAUGCGUACGUUCGUUGCCUCAGGACGUGGCAAUGCCCAAAGCCGUGCGGUGCUUCAGCGGGCCGCGAUGCACCGCUCUAGGGCCCUCCGGGUUGAGACUCCAUGCGGUCCGAACCGCGACCGAAAACAGGUGUGUUCAAGGCCACCAAAAAACCAAAGAUGCCCAGUAGACACGCACCUGUCGUGCGUGGCAGACGGGCACACACACACACGCAAUCACAACUCGCGGGAACGGGACUCUCCGCACGAACCGUUCCUGAUCACCUGCUUUCUAUGUAGUCACUGACAGGAAUGAGAAUGGCACGGCGCCUCUUUCAGGGGACCAGGCCUCCAUCGCGCGCUCGCUGCUUUCCGCCGUGCUUUGGCUGUGCACGUGCACGUUCGAGGUCCCCGCGACGCUCAAGCGCUGUCGAAAGCAGAAAGCUCGCGCUGGAGACGGAAUAGCUGAAAAACCUCCCUGCCGUUCUCGCGCCUUCAGUGCCUGUGGCGAGAGAGCAAGGGCUACCUGAGGCCCCGGGCGCGCGGACCCAUCGUUCAUUUGCGAGAGAUAUGUUGUUACUCUACGUGGGGGUUGACCAUCGAUUAUUGCGUCUGCUCCGCGUAGCGAAUCUGUCUGCUUUGCGUCGUAAUCGUAAAACUUGUGUUGUUGUUUUGUUUGUUUUUUGUGAAAAGUGACUACGUUGUGCGAUGCCACGGAGUUGCGGUAUCGAGCGACACGGUGCAAAGGCACCCUGGCGUCGUGUGAGGAAACGUAGAAUCAUAAGGGAGUUUUAGUAGACCGUACAGACUGCAUAUUGCGGGCCUAGCGAGCGAACGCUCAACCCAUGCUUCAAAGUGACUGCACGUACGGGCUCCCGCUUGCAACGCAAAGCUCUAGCGUACGGUCUACUAAAACUCCUCAGUGUCUGACGUUCACGUGUUUGGUGCCCGAAGGAACGAGAGGAUUGCGCGAAAUAUUGUUCGGCCUUUUACGAAACAAAUAAAAAAAAAUGAGCGGCCGAACUGAAAACGUUUUAAGCUCUUUACGACGAAAAUGUGCUCCAUCGGUUCCAAGAGCCGUAGUGAAACUUUGUUUUUAAUUAUGAAUAAAGUGUAGAUAAUAUUAAAGGAACGUACAAUGAGAAAUGAAGGUUCUAAAAUCAGUAACCCGCAAGUGAGCCGCUAAACUGGUGCAUAGCCUAUGCCGUGCCUAUAUUGUGAGAAAUUUUGGUGGUCGUUCUAUACUAGAACAAAUUCACUUUUCCCUGCAUUUCUGUGCAACUGAUGCACGCUUUCGUAUCGGGAAAAACGAUUAACCGUAGCUCGGGCCCGGCGAUAAUGAUGUCGCAUGUGGCGCGAAAGGCCCACGUGACAAGAAACGUCCGAGAGAGUUGCUGCGGUGCACCGCCAAACAAAUCUGACUCAACUCCGUGGCAUGCAGCACCGAUCCGCGCGCAUUCGCAGUAACGUGUGUACAAAACAGAGCCUGCGUGUACAUACAACGAAAAAAUAAAAACAAUGGUUCCUGGGA